GGCAGGCGGAGGGAAGAGAAAGGGUCUGUUGUUUUUCUUUCCUUGUUUCUCUCUCCCUCACUGCUAAUCACCAAGCUGCUGACCAGGUCAGAAAGCCCUGAUAGAAAAUCUCCAGUGCUGGGCAAGCCCCUCCUCCUCCAGGGAGCUUGUCCUUGACUAAUUUUUCUUUGUCCCAUGGGAAAAAAAAGAGAGAGAGAAAGAGAGAGAGAGAGAGAGAGAGAAAGAAAAAAGAAAAACCACAAACUUCCUUUGAAAAUUAGCUCAGAGUCAGGGCCUGGAGCGCACGCCCUAGACUCAGCCACUCAGGAAUCCUGAAGACACUCCGAGCGACCUGGGAGCACCUGGGCUGCACUCCUGCCUGCCUCCACCCUUCUCUGGUGACCCCAGUCGUGGAUGUGAGCCCGGAAGUGGCCACGACCACGCCAGGACAGCUGCUUGUAAACCUGUGUAGACCUGUGUAAGCUCUGGCCUUGACAGCUGGAAGGCAGCUGGGGCUGCGGUAGCGCCCCUCGUUGUAGCCACCUUCCUGACUGAAUAGCCCUUCUGGACCUUCCUCUCAGUCCUGGAACAGCACCCACUUCUUUAAGGGAAGCUGACUCCUUCCAAUGACUUCAAUCCCAUCAGAAUCCUGCCUUUCAACCUGAAAGCCCUGUACCCUCAUUGGUUCCAUGUGGUCACAGCAAGUUAGAGCCUAGAUUAGGUAACUCCCUGAGGACAGGAAAGUCUUUUGGUGCCCUUCAGUUGACCUAUUCUGACCAUGGAACACCAUCAACCCGAGCAUUCAGCCGCUGGUGAGGGCAGGAUUACAGAAGCAGUCAGCCCUGAAAACCGUGAGGUCCUGUCACAACUGGAUGAGCACCCCCAGGACAAGGAUACUGGAGAUGGGGCAGCUGGAGAACAGGAGCCAGUAGGCCACGCUUCGCUGCUGGCCGAGGGCCAGGAUCACCUUGAGUCCCCUCCACCUGAUGCUAGUUCAAGCCAACUGGGGCCAGCCCACGGGACACAGCCUGAAGUAGAGACAUUGGGAGCAUGCUCCAGGCAGGAGCUUCCCCUGCCCCCUAGGGCCCGACAGCCUGAGCUAGAUUUCUACUGUGUAAAGUGGAUCCCCUGGAAGGGAGAACGGACACCCAUCAUCACCCAGAGCACUAAUGGCCCUUGUCCUCUCCUUGCCAUCAUGAACAUCCUCUUUCUUCAGUGGAAGGUGAAGCUGCCCCCCCAGAAGGAAGUGAUUACAUCAGAUGAGCUCAUGGCCCAUCUUGGAGACUGCCUCCUGUCCAUCAGGCCUCAGGAGAAGUCAGAGGGACUUCAGCUUAAUUUUCAGCAGAAUGUGGACGACGCGAUGACAGUGUUGCCUAAGCUGGCCACGGGGCUGGAUGUCAAUGUGCGAUUCACAGGGGUCUCUGAUUUUGAGUAUACUCCUGAGUGCAGUAUCUUUGACCUCCUUGGCAUACCUCUGUACCAUGGCUGGCUUGUUGAUCCACAGAGCCCUGAGGCUGUGAGUGCAGUUGGGAAACUGAGUUACAACCAGCUGGUGGAGAAGAUCAUCACCUGCAAGCACUCUAGUGACACCAACCUGGUGACAGAAGGCCUGAUCGCAGAGCAGUUCCUGGAGACCACCGCAGCACAGCUGACCUACCAUGGACUGUGCGAGCUAACAGCAGCUGCCAAGGAGGGUGAACUUAGUGUCUUUUUUCGAAACAACCACUUCAGCACUAUGACUAAGCACAAGAGUCACUUGUACCUACUGGUCACUGACCAGGGAUUUCUGCAGGAGGAGCAAGUGGUGUGGGAGAGCCUGCACAAUGUGGAUGGUGACAGCUGCUUCUGCGACUCUGACUUCCACCUGAGCCAUUCCCUGGGCAAAGGGCCCGGAGCAGGAGGGGGCAGUGGCUCCCCCAAAGAGCUGCGGCAGGUAGACCAGGACUACCUGAUUGCCUUGUCCCUCCAGCAACAGCCACAGGGCACGUUGGGUCUCAGUGACUUGGAGCUGGCCCAGCGGCUUCAGCAAGAGGAGUACCAGCAGCAACAAGCAGUCCAGCCUGCACCAGUGCGGGCCUCACCACAGGGGAGAGGAGCCGCAUCUGGACGUCCAGUCGGGGAGCGUCGUCAGAGGCCGAAACAAGAGUCAGAUUGUGUCCUCCUGUAGCUUGGCCCCAUGCUGGGGCUGCCCUGCCUCUUCUUUUAGAGGUGACGGCUCUUCUGCUUGCUCCCCCAGCUCAAGCCCUGAGAUAUGCAGGGUAACGCAUUUAUAGACUGUUGGGGAUCAGAGCGGGCAGUAAAUGCCAAGGUCAGACUCAGUAAUAUCCUGCCCUCAUGUGCUGCCACCUUCUCUCUGCCUCCCAGUCAUCCAGGGCAACAUUGGGGUUGGUGGGGUGAGGAUUCCUAGUUCCCAGCUCCUGCUCCCCAGUACAGUCACACUAAUAUACAGACUCAGGCUCCAGGGUGAGGUCCCUGUCUAGAAUGCAUCUUCCCUGCUUCUACCCCUGACUGGCUGGGUCAUUGGUGAUCCUGCUGGCCUGUCUCCCGAUUGUUUCAGGGUUUCUAUCUCCAUUAUUUGUAAUGCUUUCCUAGGGGUUUGGAAAUAAAACUUCUUUCUUGA